AUGAGACCCAGUGCCCUUAGCCCCCCACCUUGCCCCCCGCGCUGGCUUUUCUCUUUCACGUGUGCUUGUGCUUUUUGCCACCUCAAAGACACCACAGAAGAGGACGUGGAAGAGGAGAAGCGAAGACCCAAACUCACUGCUCCUAAGAUCCCAGGAAAGGAGAAAGUGGACUUCGAUGACAUCCAGAAGAAGCGUCAGAACAAAGACCUAACGGAGCUCCAGGCCCUCAUCGACAGCCACUUUGAGGCCCAGAAGGAGGAAGAGGAGCUGAUUGCUCUCAAGGACAGAAUCAUGAGUGGGGCAGUUCAGAGAGCAGAGCAGCAGAGGUUUCAUGCAGAGAAGGAGAGGGAGCACCAGAACAGACUGGUGGUCUGGUCUCCAAUGGAGAAAAGGGUCAGAGAGGAGGAGGAGAUCGCCAUGAGGAGGGCAGAGAAUGACCUGAAGAAGGUUCUGUCUUCCAUGGGAGCCAAAUACAGCAGCUAUCUGGCCAAGGCUGACCAGAAGGGAGGCGAGAAACAGAUGGGAAACAAGAUUCUUGCUGAGAGAUGCAAGCCACUCAACGUCAACCACCUCAGUGAAGACAAAGUGAGGUCCAAGGCCAAGGAGCCCUGGGGGACCCUGCACCGGCUGGAGACUGGUAAGUUCAAGUUUGGGGAGAAGAUGAAACACCAGAAAUAUGAUGGCAAAUGCAGACACUCCAGCAUCACCAUCAAGGCCACGAUAUCCACCCUCCAGCACCACCCAGGGCCCCAGGGAGGGCAGCUGUGCCCACAGGGCCUGUGCUUCACCCAGGUGCAGCGGGUACGGGGUGACCAGUCCAAGCCAGCCAGCCCAGGUCAUGCUGCGGCCACGGCCUGGGCACUGUGCUCCAACUCUGGGAGCCCUGGUCAUUCCCUUCAUGUGAUGGGGGAUCCCAGGCCUGCCCCAGCGUCCCUGUGA